AUGUUCUACUCGCACAAUCUGCUUGCAAGAAAAGGUCCGCUGGGUACCGUUUGGUGCGCCGCCCAUCUUCAAAGCAAACUCAAGAAAUCCAACUAUGUUACCGUCAAUAUCCCCUCCACUGUUGAACAAAUAAUGAAUCCACAAGUCCCGAUUGCAUUGAGAAUGUCUGGUCAUCUUCUGCUUGGUGUUGUUCGAAUAUAUUCAAAGAAGCUCGAAUAUCUCCAGCAUGACUAUAAUGUUCUACGUAUAGAUAUAAGCAAGGCCUAUACAUAUGCAGACAUCAAUCUUCCAGAAGAUGCCAACCAAGCAAAAUUUGAAUCCAUCACUUUGCCUGAAAAUUUUGCGCUUGAUGUAUUGGAUGUUGAUGACUACGAUCCGUUUGGGUCCCCAGACACCCAUCUUAGACGCCAUGAGGAUAUUUCACUAAUGGAUCAAAGUCCAGUCAGUUUAUCAAAAAAUGGAAAUCGAACUCCUGCAGGAUAUAUUAUGAUUUCGCUUGGUGAGGAUGUUUCUAGAACUCCAUCUGUUUCUCGGUAUAAUUCACGAUCAAGCCCAAUGCCCAUGGAAGCAAGCUCUCAUCCUCUUUCUCCACCAGAAACAACUGCUGUUGUUCAAGAACCUGAUCCCAAUAAUCAAAUGGGAUCUGGUGACAGCUUCAUUGAUGAUGAUAAUGUAACUCGGGAAGUUUUGCGUGAUGCCAUCCAUGAUGAUUAUUUGAAUAUGGCUUCUUUAAUGCCUUCAGACAGGGAGGAACCAGACCUAGUCUUGGAGAAACAGUUGUCUUUAGAAAUCAAUAAUGGUUCACCUGCGUUGGGUGAAAUCUUGGUUUCUGGUGGACAUUUGUCGCCAGUUAUUAAGCAAAUGACACCAAUGGACUUAGCUCAUUCAGGACCUGCCAACGAUAACUCAGACCCACAUAUCUCAUUUGGGCUAGCAUCAUCUCCGAUGGCUGUCCAGCCAUCUCCAUCGGUUGAACCAGCUCCAGCAGCUGAGCAGCCAAGGGCAAAACGGAGAAAGAUGCAAUAUGAUAAAGCUACAGUCUUGACUAAUGAGUUCAUGAAGAAAUCUUUAGAUGAUCCCAGCAAUUUGUUACGGAAAAGAAAAGGAGUCUGUUCUUCGUUGGGUGUUUGGAAGUUAAACAAUACUCUGAAAAAGGAAAAAGUCCUUUUUGAACCCGUUAUUACCGGGUUGUGCCAUAAUCUUAGCCAAAUGUUUGAGACUGGCUACAUGUCUAAGAAACCUCGGCUAAUUGAGACUGAGCAACCUCAUUCCGAUGAUAUGGAAGUUGAACAUAUUCGUGAUUUUGUGGGUCCCAAUGACAACGACACCAUCCCAACAUAUUCUCCAGGCGACAGGACGGGCAUACCUUCUCCAAAAAAUGGAGCAUUCUCUUCUCCACGUGAAAUGGACGAAUAUACCCCUGCCACUGGCACUGACAUGGGGUCGAAAUCUUAUCAGGUGCAGACGUCUGUAGGGACUGGUGUGGGAUCCACACCAGACCCCACAUCAUCUAGCACCUAUGUUUUUUCUGAUAUGGAAACACCUACACUAUUCUCUCAAGGUCAGCAAGGUUUUGAGAACAGUGGCGGUUUAUCUGAUAUUCCUGAAGUGGAUGAUUCCGGAGAAUUGACCUUUUUGGAAGACGAUGAGGGUACGCCUAUGCAAAGGACACCACCAGAAAUUGGCUCAUUGUUAGCAAGGACUAGGGCCGUGGCACAAUAUAUAAAAGAGAAGUCAUCGGCUACCCCUUCUACACCUGAACGUGAAGGAGCUGUUAGUUUGAACAGCAUCCUAGAAGGAAAAAGAAGAAAAGUAUGCGCUCGGAUGUUCAUGGAGACACUGAUCUUGAAGAGCUGUGAUCUUAUUGAUGUAAAGCAAGAUGAAGCAUAUGGCGAUAUAACUCUGAAGGUGACUUCUAAGCUUUUGAAGCAGCAGUUUUGA